GUGCUCAUUGAUUUUUCCAACUCUACAGAAUGUCCAUGAAAUUUUCGGUCAUAUCGCUCUUCUUGUUAUAUAUCGGCAUUUUGAUAUUUGCCGAGAAAAUCUUUGGCCAUCAUCACGCGUACAAUAGACACAGUGAAAUUACUCACAUGAAUCUCGUUAUAUGCAACGGUACAGCAAAAGUCUGGCGCAGUGCAUCAAAAAAUUUAUCUUAUAUAAGCAUCUUCACGUGCCGAAUUCUUGAACCUUUGCACAGUAUCGCACUCAGUUGCUAAUACUUCCGUAAUUAUACUAUAGAUUCGAAAUUUCUUAAUUUCAAAAAAGUUCUCUUUCAAGGAAUGUUUUAUAUAGUCUGUGUGUUUGGAAGAGAUAGACAAAAUCUCUGUAAAUAUGGGUGGGAUAAUUUAUUUUGGAAAUCUAGUAUAGUAAAAGGCUUCCUCUUUGAUAGCAUCAUU